UGCUUCUCUUACCUUGGUUUAGGAAAAUUGGGUUGAACCGUUUAGACCAAAGUGGAACUCUGAAGUCCACAGUUACAAAUUAGGGAAGAAAUAGCACAGUCCAAGUGCAAUCUGAGAGAGUGAAGAAAUGCGAUGAAGCCAAAUCCCGCAAAACAACGCUUUUGAUUUCAUUCUGCUGAUGGAGGCUCGAAACCCUUCUUCUCCCUCUCCGGUUCGAGUCCUCAUCCGCCCUCCACCACCGUCCUCCUCCUCCUCCUCCGAUCAUCCCUCGGCGGCGCUCCCUCUCUCCUCCUCCGACGGCGGCGUCGUAGUUGUCGGUUUCAUCGCUCGACGAAGCGACGACUCUGCUCACCUCCUCAACCGAGUCAUCGACUCCAACGUGUUCGCCUCCGGCAACCUCGACAAGCCCUUACUCUUCGACGAUGAGGAAGCUACGGACUGGUUCAACCGCAGGAGAAUCAGCUACUUCCGCGACCACGAUAAGGGCAUCCUGUUCCUCCACUUCUCGUCCUCUCUCUGCUCCUCCUCCCCGGAGCCCUCACCGGGAUUCGACUCCGCCGUCGAGGAGCAGGAGUUCGGUGACCUCCAGGGAAUGCUCUUCAUGUUCUCUGUUUGCCAUGUAAUCAUAUAUGUUCAGGAGGGGUCGCGGUUUGAUACCAGGGUUUUAAGGAAUUUUCGUGUGCUGCAAGCGGCCAAGCAUGCGAUGGCUCCGUUUGCGAAGUCUCAAACUAUGCCGCCAUUGCCGUCUAGAUCGCAUUCUUCGUUGUCCUCCAGGCCUACCUCGUCGGCGAAUAACUCUUCUCCAGGUAGAGGAGGCGGUGGUAACGUGAGUCGCAAUGGGUCAGCCAUGUCUCUCAUGUCAGGUUUAGGUUCUUAUGCUUCUUUGUUUCCAGGACAGUGCAUUCCUGUCACAUUAUUUGUGUUUGUCGAUGACUUCUCCAAUUUAUCAAAUUCCAGCACUAAUGGGGAGGAGUCUUCAGAUGUUUCUUCACUUAGUCAGUCUAAUAGUAUGAGUAGUGCAGCCAAGGCGAACUUGCCUGCUAAAGUUUCUGGUUCAGUAGUUAUGCUGGCACGCCCUGCAAGUCGUUCUGAAGGCGGAUUUAGGAAGAAGCUACAGGCAUCUCUUGAAGCGCAAAUUCGCUUUCUGAUUAAGAAAUGUCGUACAUUAUCUGGUUCUGAAAUUACUCAUUCUGGUGUGAGGACUGGGGGCACCUCAACUUCUGCACCUCUGUUUUCACUUGAUGCAUCAAGGGCAGUUGUCUUGUUAGAUCGGUUUUCAAAUCUAAAAGGUGAGUCUCUUGAGUUUGCCACUGGUCUUGUUGAAGAUGUGUUGAAUGGGAAAGCAACAUCAGAUUCCCUUCUGCUGGAAAGCCAUGGUCAAAGUGCGAACAAAGAAGAUUUAAUAUCUGUCAAGGAAUUCAUUUACAGGCAAUCAGAUAUUUUGAGAGGGAGAGGGGGGAUAGUUAAUUCCAACAGUGGCUCAGCUGCUGGUGUUGGUAUGGUUGCUGUUGCAGCAGCUGCAGCUGCUGCGUCAGCUGCAUCUGGGAAAACAUUUACUACUCCUGAUCUUCCAAAUUUUGAAAUUUGGUCAAGUUCUAGCCAUCAUAUCUUGAGUAGAAUUCUCUGUGCAAAAGGGGGUUGUUUGGAUGAAUUGGAAAUUAUUAAAAGAAAACCCCGUCCAAGGAACACUGUUUCUUCUUCAACGGAAGGGCCUUUAAAGAGUGCAAAUCCUUUAGAUGUUGCAGUAUCUUGGUUACAGUGUGGGAGAGGGCUGAACACUAAGUUUUCGACUUUGUGGUGUCAGAGAGCCAUUCCAGCUGCAAAGGAGAUUUAUUUGAAAGAUUUGCCUGAUUGUUAUCCUACUUCACAACAUGAAGAUCAUUUAGACAAGGCUUUGCAUGCAUUUCACUCAAUGGUAAAAGGACCUUCAGUGCAAGUUUUUGCAAGAAAAUUGGAAGAGGAAUGUACUUCCAUUUGGAAAUCAGGAAGGCAACUAUGUGAUGCUAUUAGUUUGACGGGCAAACCGUGCAUGCACCAAAGGCAUGAUGUUGAGACUAGUAAUUCGAACAUAGGAGCUUCCCCGCCUUCACACAAGCCCCAUUCAAGUGGCUAUUUUUUCCUUCAUGCCUGUGCUUGCGGUCGUUCCCGUCAAUUACGUCCAGAUCCCUUUGAUUUUGAAUCAGCUGAUGCUAGUUGCUUUUCUGACUGUGACAAGCUACUUCCUUCGGUCAAACUACCAGAAAUUGAAGUUGCUGGACCUGUUCAAUCUUCUGCAUGGAGUUUGCUUCGAAUUGGAAGUGCAAAAUACUAUGAAUCCUCUAAAGGCUUACUUCAAAGUGGGUUUUGUGCCACUGAGAAAAAUCUUCUGAAAUGGACAGUCUACCUAGAGAAACAGAAAAGACCAAAUGGCUCAACAGAGACUAUAGUGAAGCAAAGUUCUGUAAUAAGGGAACCCAAGGUUGAACAUAUUGCAGAUACAAAGAAAACUGGAGUUAGAAAGCCCCACCCUGCUGUGCAGAAUGGAGGGGGAGACCAAAGAAUGUCUUUAGGUAUAUCCAAAGAUGAUGACAAAAAGAUAAGUUUUGGUAGGGGUUUUCCAAUUUUCAAAAUGAGAAAACCUUUUUCUGAGGUUGUUGCUGGAUCAGCGGCUGUCGAUUCUGGAUUCCCUCCUCUUCAGCAAAGGAAGUUGCCUGCAUCAGGUUCAGAAAAGGGCAUGAAGCUAAGCAAGCCAAGUAAUCAAAAUGGAGAAAGGGUUAAUGCAGCGGUCGAUUAUGAAAUAUCUCAAAAAUCCCAAGAUAUAUCGUUAACUGAGGGAUCUCUUGAUGGUAGUGGCAAUAAUAGCUGCAGGGAUGAUGACCCCUUUUUGAGGAUAGGUAGCAACGUAGUACCUGUAUACUUAAGUGGCGGUGAAAGGAGCAAACCACAUUCUUCUUUAAAACAUGUAAUAGUAUAUAUUGGAUUUGAGCAUGAGUGCCCCCGUGGCCACCGUUUCCUGUUAAAUGCACGUCAUCUCAAUGAACUUGGAUCUUCAUACUCAUUGUCAGAAGAAUCUUGUAUAUCUUCUUCUAUGGAGCCUGCUAGCAUAAAUCAAGCAUAUCAUUCUAGAGUAAGUAAGAAUGCUUCCUGGGCCAAAGUUCAUCAAAGCUCUAAUGAAAUUCCUCCUGCAUCCACAAAUAAGGAAAGGGAUGCGGACAAAUCAAAUGAAAUGAUGCCUAAUGGCGAUUUGAAUUCAGAUGGGCUACUUUAUACUUCCAUUCCACUGAAGGAACAAAAUUUGACAUCUGGGAAUGCAUUGGCAAAAACCCAAAAUCUUAUGAAAGAUUCUGGUGGGGAUCUUCAAGCUAUUGGCAUGGGUGGUGAUGAACUUGCAUUCUCCAUGUUGAACCGAAACUUGCCUAUCUACAUGAUGUGUCCUCACUGCAGGAAUUCUAGGAAUAUGAAGGACACACCAAAGGUUAAGUUUGCCAGUGGUAUCUCACAGCUUAAAAGGAUAUUUUUGGUGACACCUGCAUUUCCUGUAAUACUAGCAACAUGCCCUGUCGUGCAAUUUGAGACAUCAUGCCUGCCUCCGUCAGUUCCAGAUCGUGAACAAAAAUUGCAGUUUAGCCCUGGAUGUCCAGUGAUCUUGCCACCUGAGAGUUUCCUGACCCUUAAGUUACCCUUUGUGUAUGGUGUGCAGCUUGAAGAUGGAAACAAGCAUCCUCUUAACCCCUUUGAACAUCAGCCGGAAAUGACUGCUUGGAUCACUAAGGGCUCAGUACUGCAGAUCUUGUCCAAGGAGAGCAAUGAUGAGGGAUUUCAAACAUAUUAAAAGCGUAUUAAAUCUUCAAGUUGCCUAGCUAGAGUAAAAAGGAAAGGAUAUCAAUUGCUUCUCCAAAACUCAGGUGAAGGUCACCCAUAUGAACUUCUGAUUAGAGAUGUGUGUACAGAACAAGGAACUUUGUGGAUGAUGAGUAUGGUCCGGAAUGGAAUUACAGAGCUGCAUGUAAACACACGGGGUACAUCAUCAUUCAGGCACGAACUGGUAACAUGGAUCCACCUGCUAAAUCAUAGCAAGGUCUGAUAUAUGAAUUGUUUAUAUCUACUUUCUAGCCUUUUAAUCAGGUGCAGUUUUGGACCUCUCGGUUACUUAUAGCCCUGGGGUGGCUUCCUAGCUUGUUCAUCUGCUCUUUGGAUAAUCUCGUGCGUAAAUGCAAAUCCAUAAUUUGAGUAUUGCUGUCCAAAUGGAUUUGGAUGACAAUUCCAUUCAAAAUGAAAGUAUUCGAAAUUGAGGGCAAUCAUAGAUGUGUGCAUCAAUAACCAGAGAAUUGGAAAGGUCCUUGUUAUGGUGAAACCUCUCAAGCUGUAGUUGAUGGAAGGGUGGAUGGCAUCAUCUAUACAUAGAAUAUCAUGUAACCAAGACUCUUAUUAUUGUCUUGUAACAUAGUGAUCCUGGUGCAUCUCUAAUAAUACUAUACCAACAGGUAAAAUGGAGAAGGAAAGCGUAGCAAGGAAAAGCCAUGCGCAUUGCUUGAUUUCCAGGGAGAUGGGGGGCUCUGGAAUGAGGCAUUACGAUUAAUGUUGUGCAUGAUGUUAGAUUUGUAGUAUUGAGUCUUGGAUCUGUGUGUGAUCUUUGUGACAGAUUGACUGUGUAUAGAAACUUCGAUUAUCUGCAUUCUACUUUCUCAACCAACGAACAUUAGAGGGGAACAAUUAAACCCGUCUAUCUUUCCCCUCCAUACACUUCAAUUACUUUUAGAUGCUCAAACUAAAUUACUUAUGUUCUCCUUAUUGAAAUUAUAUUUACACCAUGGUCUUUUAGCA